GAUCCACCCACCUCUGUGUCUCUUGGACUCCGAAUGGAAGAGAUGAUUUUCAAUUUGGCGGACACGCAUCUAUUCUUUAACGAUUUAGAAGAAUGCGACCAGGUUCACAUUGACGAUGUGUCUUCAGACGACAACGGUCAAGAUUUAAGCACCUAUAACUUCGGAACAGACGGCUUUCCCGCAGCUGCCACCAGUGCAAAUUUGUGCCUCGCGACGGGGGUGCGCGGAGGAGUGGACUGGAUGCGAAAAUUGGCUUUCCGCUACAGACGCGUAAAAGAAAUAUACAAUACCUACAAAAAUAAUGUCGGAGGUCUUCUUGGUCCAGCAAAAAGAGAGGCUUGGUUACAACUAAGAGCAGAAAUUGAAGCUUUGACGGAUUCUUGGUUAACACUUGCACUGAAAGCACUCACCCUUAUUCAUUCAAGGACAAACUGUGUGAACAUUCUCGUAACAACUACUCAGCUAAUUCCAGCUCUGGCAAAAGUCUUGUUGUAUGGACUAGGGGUUGUGUUUCCCAUAGAGAAUAUUUACAGUGCAACUAAAAUAGGAAAAGAAAGUUGUUUUGAGCGAAUAAUUCAAAGAUUUGGAAGAAAAGUAGUGUAUGUUGUUAUAGGGGAUGGUGUCGAAGAAGAACAAGGCGCAAAAAAGCAUGCUAUGCCAUUUUGGAGGAUCUCGAGCCACUCUGACCUUAUGGCCCUUCACCAUGCCUUGGAACUGGAGUACUUGUAGCAGCUCAGCAGCACUUUGAAACCCCAGAGCCUCCUUCUGCCCAUGGAUGGGAUGCCUGUGUCUUGUGUCAGCAUUGGACUACAGAACUUUGUGAUUUCAACAUGUUGACGUACAGCUGCAAUUGGUCUUAACCCUUGCCCUUUCAGUAAACGGAGGAGCAUGUCUUUUUCUUCAGAACAGCUGUUGACUCUGGUACUGUGAGUCCAACGAAAAUAAGCCAUGCAAAUGUUUGAACAGCUCAUCUUUACCGUAUUUGCUACCAAAAAGAAAUAGAGAAGGAAUUAAAAAAAAAAAAAAAAAAGGAAAUAAAAGGUUCAUACCUGUGAAGAAAAAAAAGGACCUGCAAAUGCUUUGUAGUUUUUAGACUCUUCAAUGUGACACACACCGUUUCUCCAACACAGCAAACUUGAUUGCACAAUGAAGACUGAGAUUUUUCAAAAUACCAGUGGAGUAAUUUUCUUGUAAAGAAGGUUUACUUUUUGGUUUCUCAUACCCAGGGUACUCUGUACAUCUUUACUUAUUUAUGAACAGACUAUAGUUUGACAUCAUAUAACUGAGGAUAUGUAUAAUAGGAUUAAAGGCUAUUAUAAGCCUUUGCCUUAUGGUACAGCAACUACUUUUGAUUUUAGCACAUUACAGAGUAGUUUAAAAUAUGUCUAAUUUAAACUAAUAGGUACAUCACUGAGACAAUCAUGUACAGGAAGAAUUUUUUGUGUAAAUUUGUAAUAAUGAAUGAUUCUUUUACAUAUUGUUAAGGUAAAUGCUAUUGAAAGAUAGUAAUGCCUUGUUGGUGAAGAAUGAGGCCACCUGUGCACAAACUGUUGUGCAGUGCCUUAUCAAUGUGUUGGGUAUAAAUAUGUAGAUAAUGGAUUUUUUUUAGAUAAAUUUGUCAAGACCAAAAGCAUGGAUGUCAAGUGUCAAUAAGAAUUGGGUUUUGUUCUUCUCAGCUGUUUCUCUACCUUUUUCUUCUCUCACCUACUCUGAUUAUGAACGGAUUUAUUUCUUUCCCCCUACAAAGGAAAUAUAGAUAAAACACAACUGAAGAGGAGUGCUUUGCUGUCUUCUGUUUCCUCUUUUAAAGUUAACAUAUUAACCUUUUUUUAAAGUAUUGAAAAAUUAAUUAGCAGAUCCAUUCCAUAAAGAAA